AACGUUUUACAUUGCCUUGAGAGCGCUGUGCUCAACAGUUCGAUACAUAAUGCCUUCUAUUUGAUUUCCCGCGAAACAGACGUGGUUCCUCGCGCUUUAGGCACCGCAGCAAGUGGUUUAACGGAGAGUAAUAGCUAACCGACAUCUUGCCGCUAUGGGAAUACACGGACUUGCUAAGCUGAUAGCCGACCAUGCACCAGGUGCUAUUAAAGAACAAGACAUCAAGAACUAUUUUGGCAGAAAGAUUGCUAUAGAUGCCUCAAUGUGCAUCUAUCAGUUCCUGAUUGCUGUGCGACAGGACGGCAAUGUUCUGCAGAAUGAAGACGGAGAAACGACAAGCCACCUAAUGGGAAUGUUUUACCGUACAAUUCGCAUGUUGGAACAUGGUAUCAAGCCAGUUUAUGUGUUUGAUGGCAAACCUCCAGAGCUCAAGUCUGCAGAGCUUGACAAAAGAGUGGAGAGGAGAGCAGAAGCGGAGAAGUUGCUUGCUCAAGCUCAGGAAAUGGGGGAACAGGAGAAUAUUGACAAGUUCACAAAGCGUCUGGUUAAAGUCACCAAACAGCAUAAUGAUGAGUGCAAAAAGCUUCUGACCUUGAUGGGAGUCCCUUACAUUGAGGCUCCGUGUGAGGCUGAGGCCAGCUGUGCUGCUCUGGUGAAAGCAGGGAAGGUCUUUGCCACGGCAACAGAGGAUAUGGACGGGCUAACUUUUGGCACAAACGUCCUGCUUAGACACCUCACUGCCAGCGAAGCAAAGAAACUUCCUAUUCAAGAGUUCCACUUCAGUCGUUUGCUUCAGGACAUCAGCCUGACCAAUGAACAGUUCGUAGACCUCUGUAUUCUACUGGGCUGUGACUAUUGUGGCACCAUCAAGGGAAUCGGCCCCAAGCGAGCCAUCGACCUGAUCCGACAGCACGGCUGCAUCGAGGAAAUCCUAGAAAACAUUGACACAAAUAAGCACCCUGCCCCAGAGGACUGGCUGUACAAAGAAGCCAGGAGCUUGUUUUUGAAGCCAGAAGUGGUUGAUUGCUCCUCAGUGGAACUGAAGUGGAAUGAGCCUGAUGAGGAGGGGCUGAUCCAGUUCAUGUGUAACGAGAAACAGUUCAGUGAGGACAGAAUUCGUAACGGCUGUAAGAAGAUUAUGAAGAGCAGACAGGGCAGCACUCAGGGACGUCUGGACUCUUUCUUUACCGUCACUGGAUCCCUGUCCUCCAAACGGAAGGAGCCAGAAACAAAAGGACCUGCACAGAAGAAGCAGAAAACUGGAGCGUCGGGCAAAUUUAGGAAGGGCAGAUAAGCUGAACAGAAUCUAGUUCAUUUCACAAGUUAGUUUUGUUAUAAAUAACACUUAUUAAAUAAGGAGAAUAAUGAUUUGUGCAGUAGGAAGCUGCAUAAAUCAUACACAUUCAUUUGUGUAGCCAUUAGUUCAACUGAACAAACUAUGCUGUAAAUGACAAAGCAAGAUCCAAGCUUUGUUUCAUUGUGUCUUGAAAGGUUUUUAUCAAAGUGUUCUGCAAAUAAAUCUUUUUGUUUGAGAGAAAUUUG